ACGUGUUCGGAUUAUUUUGCCCUCAACAACAUAACAUUACGACGCUUUCUUUCCUGCGCUGAAUUUUACUUCCUUUGUGACUUUGUGCUUUGUAGACUCAAACAAGUGUCUCUGGAAAUAAUGGUCACUUCAUUGCUCCAACAGGAAACCGGUGAAAGUGUCAUUGAGUUUGGAGUGGUCGACUGGUAUUCAUUUUUUUCAUACACCCCCGAAAUUGCCAAAAUUAGCCAGCCUUCCUACCUUUCUCUGACUGAGGUGAGAAAAGCUGUUACUGUCACAAAAUCUUGGGACAAUUUUUACACAAAUUUGAGUCAACAUUGGAAUGAUGAUGAGCUUCAAAAACUUGACGCCCUGCCUCUGCAGAGAAUUUACUGCUCUUAGGCGACAUCCCUGUGUAAUGUUUAGAAUGUAUUCUAGUUUUAGGAACAAAAGAAGUAUCGUCAACUUUAUUGAUAAGGCUGUGUCAUUGAGGGGCUACAGACAGUUGUCUUUUAGUACUGUCAGAAAUUAUGAAGCUGUAAAAUUAGAAGAAGACAGUGGCAGUAUCAAUUUAAAAAGUGAUGCAACAGAAAUCUUUAAGAGUGGAAUUAAGGCUGUUCAUCCCAAACAAAUGAUUUGGAAUGUGUUGAAAUAUCAACCUGGUUCUUCAGUUCUUCAUGUUAAAGAUCAGACAUUCAGACUGAAGCGUAAUGUGUUUGUAGUGGGCAUGGGCAGUUCAGUUCUGGGCAUGGCACGGGCAGUGGAGAAUAUGCUAGGAGAGCACAUUGUCUCUGGAGUUGUCAGCGUCCCCAGCGGAUUGCAGGAAGAGAUGCGGAAAACUGGUGACAGUGAAAUGAUGCUGAGAGCAAAUUCGAAAAUAACUGUCUUUGAGGGAGCAGAGAAUAAUGAAGUGGAUGAGGCAGCUCUGAAUGCCAGCAAAGCCAUACUCAGUCUUGUAACUCGUCUCUCGGAGAAAGACCUACUCAUUGUCCUCUGUUCUGGAGGUGGUUCAGCAUUGUGCCCUCUCCCUAAGCCACCGAUGACUUUGCAGGAUUUGCAUACUGUAAGUCGACUGCUCAACCAAGAGGGUGCCAGUAUGCAGGAGCUGAAUACAGUCCUCAAGAACUUAGAGAUUCUCAAAGGUGGAGGCCUGGCAAUGGCGGCUCAGCCAGCUAAGGUUGUAACCUUGAUCCUUUCGUCUAUGGUCGGUGAUCCCAUCGAUCUGAUUGCCAGUGGCCCCACCUGCCUGGCUGAGCCCACCCCCAUCCACAGCCUGCAGAUUAUACAGCGGCUUGGGCUGAUACCUCAAGUCCCCGAGAGUGUCAAAAAGUAUCUGGAGAGGGAAGCCAAACAGCAGCAAAUUGACCAAGCCCAGGAAAUUCAUGGCCCAAGAUUUAGGAGUGCGGAAGAGGAGGCCUUGUGCAGCAAUGUCCAAAAUAUCAUAGUGGGCAAUAACUCUCUUGCCUGUGAGGAGGCUGCUCGAAAGGCAUCUGAGAUGGGUUAUCUUCCUUUGAUUUUGAGUAAAAUUCUCACAGGUGAAGCCCAAGAGGUUGGUGCGCUCUGUGCCACUCUGGUGAAGUUCAUUAUGAUCUGUUUUGAUAGAAAGGCUUCCUUAGAACCAAAUUCAGAGUUAGCAAUGUUGGAGUUGAAACUAGUUGCUGGUGGCAUUGAUAAAAAGUCAGUAAAUGAUAUCGUGUCACAGGUUGAUAGAGGCAGCAAUUUCAGCAAAGACAUCUGCAUUAUCGUGGGUGGAGACACAACUGUAGAUGUCAAAGGUUCUGGUGUGGGUGGAAAAAAUCUGGAGACAGCUUUGGCUGCGGCAGUACAAAUGCACGAGGAUUUUCGACGGGACAAACUAAGCGUCACGGAAACAAACAUGUGCGUGCUGUGUUGUGACUCAAAUGGUUACGACGGCCUGACCCAAGUUGCCGGGGCAGUAGUGGACCUAGAUUUCCUUGAUCAUGUGAAGGAAGAUGAAUAUGACAUGCAGGAGUACCUGGCUAACAAUGACACAUUUUCCUUCUUUAGCAAGAUCAACGAGGGCCGGAAUUUGGUGAGAACGAACAAAACCGGCACUAACGUUAUGGACAUGAUGAUCUUGCUGGUGCGAAGGUCAAGAGAGUAGGUAUGAAGAAAAAUGCGAGUGAAGUAGAAAUUUGACUGUAGGCGUGAUACUUUUCUAGAAAUUUCCUGAAUUCUGUGAAUUUGAAAUUUAUAUAAAUGACUGGAGAAGCCUUGUAGAAA